AUGUCGGCUCGGAAAAGCUGCAACUUCAUCAAGGUGAGCGAGCGUUCGCAAUGGCCCGUCAUGAUCCCUACCCAAGAGACACUGAUAUCUAUACUGUCUCUACUCACGCUCAAAGUCCACUCGAUUGCGCUGGAUGGACUUGCAGCGACGGAUAUUCACGGACACUCGCUGUUUGCCACUAACCAAAAUGCGGAAUGUAAGGCCCGAGCGGCCUCGCACGCACAUGGUCAAGGACUGAAUCUGGCCGAACUGACCGAAUAUCGGACCAAUAUUAGCCGGUUUCCCCCUUUUGUGUAG